GGGCAAAAAAAAUUGUAGAUAAAAAUAGAAAUAAUGAUCAGCUGUACAAUGGUUUUUUGGGUGUUAUAAUGACUAGGGUCAGAAAAAUGCUAAAAAAAUAUGUACUUAUAGCAGAAGCUUAUGAUAAUGUGAGUUUGAAGAUACAAUGAUCAGAUACUGUUUGUUUACUCUUUUAUUGUUUAUAUAAGGUUGAAAAGUUAUGAUUUUUCUUGUGUUGGAUGCUAGGAAAUACCAAUCUGAAUUUUGAGUAAAUGGAUUAUGCGCUGCCCCUUGAGAAGUUAUCGUUAGAGCCCAUAGAUGAAGAAGAUGCUUCGUCACAUUCGAACGCAAAGGGGAAAAUGCAUGUAGUUUUAGUAUCAACUGGAAGCUUCAACCCUCCUACAUUUAUGCAUUUGCGCCUUUUUGAAUUGGCAAGAGAUGCACUUGACUCGAAAGGGUUUCAUGUUGUUGGAGGUUAUAUGUCGCCUGUAAAUGAUGCAUAUAAUAAAAAGGAUCUCAUACCAGCUGACCAUCGUAUCAUCAUGUGCCAAUUAGCUUGCAAAAGUUCUGAAUUUGUAAUGGUUGAUAGCUGGGAGGCAAACCAAAGUUCGUUUCAACGCUCAUUGACAGUAUUGUCAAGAAUAAGGAGUUUCUUUUGUGAUAACGGACUAAUAUCUAGUGCGUUCCUAAAGGUCAUGCUUGUCUGUGGCUCUGAUCUGCUAGAAUCAUUUGGCAUCCCUGGAGCUUGGAUUCCAGAGCAGGUCAGGACUAUAUGCAGAGAUUACGGUGUGGUUUGUAUUCGCAGAGAAGGUCAAGACAUUGAGAAAAUCAUCUUACGUGAUGAAAUCUUGACAGAAUAUAAGGAUAAUAUCGAAGUGGUGGAUGAAAUAAUACCAAACCGUAUCAGCUCAACUUUAGUAAGAGACUGCAUUUCAAGGAAUUUGUCGGUGAAAUAUUUGACAUCAGAUGAAGUUAUUGAUUACAUAAAACGAAAUCAACUGUACACUAACCCUAUCAUCUGACAAGAAUGAAGCUUUGAACUACACCAACACAUAAUAUCUGUUAUGCCCUUUACAAGAUUUUCUUAGAAAGGUGAAUGAAGCUUUGAACUACACCAACACAUAAUAUCUUACAAUCAAAAAUCAAUCAUCUGUCUACCAUCCACUGUCAUCAAAUCUUCAUUUAUCCAUCAAAAAUCCUUUCACUAAUUUUAUCAUCUUUAAAGAUUAAAACUUGUAAGGCUUGAGAUUUUGGGGUUUGGAGCUUUGGUGAAAGAAAGAGAAGAUCCUACCACCAUUCCAUUUUUAUUGUUAGAUAUUGGGUUGUAAUCUCUUACUCUUUUCAAUUAUUCAUACUUUUUGUGAAACAUUAAUUGAUAAUGUGUCUAUGCAUGAAUCUUAGUGUUUUAUUUGAUGUUAUGAGUAUGAUUAGUAAGUUGAUUA